AUGAAAUUCUCAACCCUCGCCGCCGCCGGCGCUUUCCUUGCUGGCACCGUUCUCGCCGAUAUCGAUGAGAUCGUUAUCAAGGGCAGCAAGUUCUUCUACAAGACCAAUGGUACUCAGUUCUUCAUCCGAGGUGUUGCCUACCAAGAGCCAGCCACCAGUACCGACAGCUUCAUCGAUCCUCUCGCUGACUUGAGCUCUUGCCAACGUGAUAUCCCCUACUUGACUGCCAUCCGCACAAACACCAUCCGUGUCUACGGUGUUGACCCUACCAAAGACCACUCCGGCUGUAUGAAGGCAUUCGCCGACAAUGACAUCUACAUGAUCAUCGAUCUUGGUUCCCCUACUAACUCCAUCAACCGUGCUAAUCCUACUUGGGAACUUCCCCUCUACCAACGCUACACCGCUGUCAUUGACGCUUUCUCCAACUACACUAACGUUAUCGGUUUCUUCGCCGGUAACGAAGUCACCAACAACGAAACCUACACCCAAGCCAGCGCUUUCGUCAAGGCUGCUGUCCGUGAUUCCAAGGCUUACGUCAAGGCGAAGGGCUACAACAAAGGUAUUGGAUACGCCACUGCUGACGAUGCCAAUAUCCGUACCCAAGUCGCUGAUUACUUCAACUGCCACUCAGUUGAUGAAUCUGUUGAUUUUUACGGUGACAAUGUCUACGAGUGGUGCGGAACUACUGCUACAUUUGAGACCUCUGGUUACAACGAUAUCGUCAAGAACUUCUCCAGCUACUCUGUCCCUUACUUCUUCGCCGAAUACGGUUGCAACACUGUCAAGCCUCGUACUUUCACCAACAUUGACUCGAUGUACGGUCCUGACAUGCAGGACAUGCUGAGCGGUGGUUUCGUCUACGAAUACUUCAACGAGGCCAACGACUAUGGUUUGGUUUCUCUUUCUGGCUCCAAAGUCAGCACUCGCUCCGACUACAAUUCCUUCUCUACUGAGAUUGCCAAGGCUACUCCUACUGGUGUCAACAGUGCUUCUUAUACUGUUACCAACACUGCUCUCGCGGCAUGCCCCACCGUCGACUCCCUCUGGAAGGCCAGCUCCAGCCUCCCUCCUACUCCUGACACGGAUCUUUGCAAUUGCAUGGCCAAGUCCCUCACCUGUGUGGUUUCCAACAGCGUCUCCUCCUCCAACUACGGCGACCUCUUCGACUUGCUCUACGGUUUCGGUGUCCCCGAAUAUGUCUCUGGUAUUUCCACCAACGCUACCAGCGGAGUAUACGGUGCUUACAGUAUGUGCGCGGUCAAGGACCAACUCUCUUGGGCCUUGAACGCCUACUACAACGUCCAGUCUGCCAAGGGCAAUGGUGCCAAUGCCUGCGACUUCAGCCGCUCUGCCACCACCCAGGCUGCUACUACCUCCGGUAGCUCUUGCUCUACCAAAUUGGCCGCUGUCGGCACCGCUGGUACCGGCACUGCCUCUGGAGCUGGCGCCACUGGCAAGUCUUCAAGUUCGUCUGGCGGUGCUUACCCCGGCGCUUCCCCCACCGCUGUUUUCGUCGGUACCUGGCAAUUGAGCGCAUACAUCCUCGCCGCUGUUCUCAGCGGUGGUGCCAUGUUUGUUCUGUAA